AUGUCCACACCUGCACUGCCGUUCCCUCACUGCUGGGACAAUGUUUUGCCCAAAGGCCAAACGCACGAUGGUAUCAUCCACGUCACCGAGCAAGACUUCACCGCGCAACGCCCUUCACUUGAGCAGCCGAUUCUCCAAACAGCGACCUUCGCAAUCUCUCAGAAAGUCAUGCGCGAAUAUGCUCCCGAAGAAUUCAACACGAGGUUCAUAUCUUCUCAGGUAACUGCCGAGGAUAUCAAAGGGUAUACAGUCACUAGCAUCAGACUUUGGCUGCGCAUCCUCCACAACACCGUCACGCCCGACCUGUACCACAUCCCCAUCGAGGAUGUCUGGUAUGCCAUCGCUUUUGGUCAGCACUUCAGGUUCCCAAUCACUAAACUACCGAAAUGGUAUGACAAAUGGUGGAAGGCGACCUUCCCUAAUCCCAACACGCUACGAAGCGAACAGCUAAGGCAGUUGAUCUAUCCAAGCUAUGAGGUGGGCGGAGGUGGCAAGCUGGAGUUCGUGACGAAGAGAUUAUGGGACCUCGCUGGCCACCUGAGGGAGACCAAUCCGACCCAGUACCCUGAGCUUUUCGUGCCCCCCAUAGCCAUUGCGGCUCGAAAUAAGGGCCAGUCUUACAGUCUUUUUUCGAGCGCGGUGUGA